CUGGGCCGCGCGCACAGCCGGGGCGGGGUUGGGGGGCGCUGGGGGGGGGGUGCAGCCCGGGACCCGCAGUGCGCUCUCCACCGGAGAUUACGGUACCUGCGCCCGGUUCCCGCCCCGGCUUCCUGCCCUGGGGUUCUCGGGCGAAGUCGUUCCCGGCAGUGAGCUCAGCCUGACCCCGAUCUACGGUCCCGCCCCCCGCCCGGCACCCUGGGCCGCGACACCUGCGGGAGGAGGCGCCCCGCGCGGAGCUGGUCAGACUGGUUCUGAGCAGGAAGCUGGCUGCGCUCGCUCCGCGCCGCCCCGGCGUCGCUCCCGCGGUCCGAGCGGCCGUCUGUCCAGCGCACCGGGGCUGGGGCGGGGACGAGGGCGGCGAUCCGGGAGCCCACACCCCGAGGCCGCUCCCGGCGGCAAAUCAGCGCGCGCCGCGGUGCGGGCGGGGGAUAUAAGCCCAGGUGAUUUACCUGGGCCGGCGGCGGGGGAGGGGUGCGCAGGUGAGACGGCCCCGCGGAGCGCGCGGUUUCGGCGGCAGCAUGUCCGGUAGGAAGGACUGGUCGGCCCUGUCCAGCCUGGCCCAGCAGUGGAGCCUGGAGGAUGAGGAGGAGCAGCGGCGGGAGCGCCGGCGCCGCCACCGGAACCUCAGUUCCACCACGGAGGAGGAUGAGGCCACCCGUCUCGCCCAGGACAGAGGCCGGCCCUCCUCGGUCAGACUGCCGAGUGUGGAAGAAGCAGGGGGACCCAAGCCACCAUCCCCAGGCCCCCGAGGGGAGAAGGAGGAAAUCCAGGCCAUCCCUAGGACCCGGCAGGAGCGGAGACAGAGGCGACAGCUGGUGGAGGUUUCACAGGCCCCCGUCCGGGAGCGGCUGGAGGCGGAGGAAGGAAGGGACAGGUCAGGGCCUGGGCAGGCCGAGCAGCAGUCCCCCAUGCCCAAGAAGGAGGUGGGGCCGCCACCUCGCCGCAGACUGAGUCGGGAGCAGCGGGGCCCCUGGGCCCAGGAGGAGGAGAGCCUGGUGGGCAGAGAGCCAGGAGGCGGGCAGAAGGGGGUCUCGGAGGGGUCCCCAGGCUGGGAGAAGAAGCCCUCCAUUCCAGAGGAGGUGGCAGCUCUGGAGAAGAGGCCAAGUUCACAGGCAGCUUCCUGCUCUGAGAGCACAUCGCUGUCAGAGAAAAAAAAAACAGUUCUAGAAAAAACAGGCAUUUCUGAGAAGCUGCCGAUCUCAAGGAAGACGUCAAGUUCGGAAAGGAGUCUGGUGUCUGAGAAAACAUUGCUGUUUGAGAAGUCCUCGACCUCAGAGACGAAGCUGGUGCCGAGGAGAGUCUCUGGCUCAAAGCAGCCCCAGCCUGGGGAACAGCCCAAGCCUCAGGAGAAGCCCCAGCCUGGGGAGCAGCCCAAGCCUCAGGAGAAGCCCCAGCCUGGGGAACAGCCUAAGCCUCGGGAGAAGCCUCAGCCUGAGGAGCAGCCCAAGCCUCAGGAGAAGCCCCAGCCUGGGGAGCAGCCCAAGCCUCAGGAGAAGCCCCAGCCUGGGGAGCAGCCUAAGCCUCGGGAGAAGCCUCAGCCUGAGGAGCAGCCCAAGCCUCAGGAGAAGCCCCAGCCUCGGGAACGGCCUAAGCCUCGGGAGAAGCCUCAGCCUGAGGAGCAGCCCAAGCCUCAGGAGAAGCCCCAGCCUCGGGAACAGCCUAAGCCUUGGGAGAAGCCUCAGCCUGAGGAGCAGCCUCAGGCUCAGGAGCAGCCCCAGCCCAGGGAGGAGCCCCAGGCCCAGGUGCAGCUUCAGGCUCAGGAGCAGCCAGCGGCUGGGGGAAGCCAGAAAGCCACUACCCUCCCUGGGAAGAACCAGCUGUCCUCAGCAGAGCCAGGGACACGCCACCCUCCGCCCAGGACUGCCAGCCUCCCGCCCAUCACUCUCAAGGUGAGAAUUCCUAGGAAGGAGGAAGAGGAGGGCAUGUCCUCCUCCCCCAGGGCCACCUACAGCAGCUCCCUCCAGCGCUCCAGCCCCAGGACCAUCUCCUUCCGGAUGAGCCCCAGGACACACAGCUCGGAAACAACCCUAACCCGCAGUGCCAGCGUGAGGCUCCCGGUGAAGUUGGGCGAGAAGCUGGAGAGAUACCAGUCAGCCAUCCAGAGGUCGGAAUCCAUCAAGGCUCUGGGCUCUUCCCGCACUGAGUUCUUCGUGGCGCCCGUGGGGGUGGCCAGCAAGCGCCACCUCUUUGAGAAGGAGCUGGCAGGCCCAGGACGAGCGGAGCUGGCCUCCGGCCGGAAGGAGAACCUGAAGCUCUCCGGGGUUGUGACGUCAAGGCUUAAUCUGUGGAUCAGCAGGACCCAGGAGUCCUCAGAGGAGGACCCCCAGGAGGUGCAGAGAGAGUCGGCAGCCGCCCAGCGGAUCCCAGGGAAGAAGAAAGCAAACUCAUCCCUGGAUGCCGAGGUGUGACCAGCCUGCCCGCUCUGUGCCCAGAGCCCUCCCUCCAGCCAGGCCCACCUCCUGCAGCCGUGUCCCCCGCCUCACACCACCCUGAUCCCUCUCUGCCUCAGACCUGGGCCGGACCGUCCAUCUGGGAGACCCCCCGCAGUCCCGUCCCUGCAGCCUCAGGGACGGGUGGGCCCUGCCUCUGUCCCAGGCAGGCACAGCAGAGCCCGGACCCACAUCAGCCCCAGUGCCGCACCAGCUCAUGUCAGCCCCCGGGGGCCUCGGCGUCCUGGCCUGGGACGCCUCCUGUUUUCUGCUCACUCUGGGGUCGGUGCGCCGCCCUCAGGGACUCCAGGGCCACUUGUCCAGUGUGCUCCCAGCUGGGGCCCAGCUCUCCCCGCUCCCUGUGGGGUGGGUCCCCGCUGGCUGAGCCCCGGCUCCGGGGCAGCCGCACUGCCCACAGCCCGCUGCCGCCCGCUUGCCCGCCCCGCACUGCCCAGCAGACCCCAGUGCCGUUCUGUGCCCUGGCCCCUCGCUGUUCUCAGGAAGACCCGGUGAACCCGUUUACUCUCAGGUGUAAGUGACUAAUAAUACCUUCCGACGGA